AUGAUGAGGGGUGAGAAACGAAAGGUUACUUCCGAUCCAAAUUUUAAUUCUGAUUCCGAAUCAGAAGUAAAGAAACUUAAGGUUACUUCUGAUCCAAAUUUUAAUUCUGAUUCCGAAUCAGAAGUAAAGAAACUUAAGGUUACUUCCGAUUCAAAUUCUGAUUCUGAAUCAGAAGUGAAGGAACUCGAGAUUGGUAAAAUACAAGAUGACGAAGAGGAAUCCAAGCCAUCUGGAUCAAAACAACCCCAUUCUGAAUUACCCAGAAAACGGAGGGAUAUUAAGAAUCCGAACAAACUUGAUGAAAAAAUAAUUAAUAGAAUACUAUUAACAGGUGAUGAUAGUAUUGAAGAAAUUUUGAAGUGUCAAAAGUUUUACGAGCUCGCUAAUUUGGUUGAUACUAUUGCGUAUGAAAUUAUUAAGACUGAAAAUGAGGAUUGGAUGGAAAAAAUGAAUGUUCUUCAAUUGUUUAGUGCAGUUAAACGUGAAAUUUAUCAGAUGAUUGAAAAAAAGAUUCAAAGUGAGAAAACUGAUGAGGUUUGUGUGUGGUUGGUGAAGGUUUAUCAAGGACCGGCGAAAGGAAUAGUGUACGAAAAUUUUAAGAUUCAAAAAUGGUUAUCCGAGAAUUCUGAUGGAAAUACCAAUUAA